AUGCGUAAUCUGUUCUGGAAUUCAUGGUGUAUACUUUGUAUGGCUAUAAUACGAAUUAUGUUGACUGAAGUAUUUUCCUCCCCUCAAACAUGCAAGAAUUGUACAACACUUUCAACUGAAUUCGACGUUUAUGUUCCCACAACAGGUAUGGCAACAGAAGAAGGAACUUAUAGCUGGUUGGAAUAUUUGUUCAAUUCAAUAUAUACUCUGAUGGACUUCCCAUUGCUUUGA